UAUUUGACUCGGGAAUUUCUACACCAGUAACUUGCGUACUAACAACAUUGAGUCAAACAAAACAUGAAAACAGCCAGUUGCGCGAGCGACCCCGUACGGAGUGUGCGUGUGGGUUAAAAAUUAUUAAUCUGUGUUCAACUUUCGUGACGUGCUUACACUGUGGUUAGAAAAAAGUUUUUAUUACACUGGCCGCCACGACGAGUCAUUUCAUCGUCAAGAAACAAGGAGCACAAAGCAACCCAAUGGCCAGCUAACUCAACGCGAAUUAAAAAGAAAAAUGUCAAGAAAAUGUUCCAAAUUCAAAAAGAACUAGUGAAGUGGUAACUUUAUCGAUAGUGUUGAUUUGAGUUAUCAAAAAUGGAUGAGUGUAAUUCGAGUUUAGUGCAGGUUGUGCAAAAUGUGACGUUCUACCCUCGUGAGGCGACGGUGCUGGCAGCGAUAUGUGCCAGCAUAUUCAGUGUGGUCGGGGUUGUUGGCAACCUCAUCACGACCAUUGCCCUCCUCAUGCACCCGAAACUGAGGGGACACGUCACCACCAAGUUCGUGCUCUCCCUCUGCGUGUCAGACCUCCUGUUCUGCGGGAUCAACCUGCCUCUGACGGCGAACCGGUUCAUCCGCGAGGAGUGGGCGCUGGGGGAGACCAUGUGCCAGAUGUUCGCGUUUGUUUUCUAUGGAAAUGAAGCCGUGUCGCUGCUGUCUAUGGUCGCUAUUACUAUUAAUAGAUACACGCUCAUAGCGUACUACGAUAUGUACUCGCAGAUCUACACGACCACCAAGAUCUGGAUCCAGCUGCUGCUGAUAUGGCUGGUCUCCUUCGGAUUCAUGGUGCCACCACUUUUAGGAAUUUGGGGCCAACUAGGCUUCAAUCCUAAAACGUUCAGCUGCACGAUCCUGCCCAAACACUGUAUGUCACCAAAGAAGUAUCUAUUCGUCUUCGGAUUCGCGCUACCAUGCCUCGUCAUCAUUGUGUCCUACUCUUGCAUAUACUGGAGAGUGCGAGAGAGCAAGAGAAAACUGGAGGGACGAAGGUGUGUAUGUGGCAAACUCAGCGGUCAAACAGCGAAGGAGAAAGAAGAGGACUCUCGCCUCACAACCCUCAUGCUCACCAUCUUCCUCUGUUUCCUGGCUUGCUUCCUGCCACUCAUGAUCAUGAACGUUGCCGACGAUGGGAUUACCUACCCUUGGCUCCACAUAAUAGCGUCCAUUUUAGCUUGGGCCUCCAGCGUUAUCAACCCACUCAUCUACGCUGCAACGAACAGACAGUACAGAGCAGCCUACGCUAAUCUCCUCAAGUUUUGUAAGAAUAAUCCUGUGGCCAAAAGAACAACGUGGGGAAGCAGAACGGUGGGGCAAUCGUCGAACUCACCAAAUUAUGUCGAAAAAAGAAAUCCCUUGAAAGAUAAUCCGACUAAGUUAUGAAUGUACCUCUACGAAUGGCCACAAAAUUCAUCUUUUGCUAUGUCAAAUAAUGUAGAGCACUCAAAUCCAUCACUCUUAAGAUCAAAAUAAUUAUACCUAUUCUCAGAAAGUUUUUUGUACGUCUUGGCCUAAGAUGUAGAUACAAAAAAUCUCUUUGAAUGUGUGAACAAGAUUAUGUAAAUGAUAAUCUAGCUAUAGUGGUUGUAAUUUAAUAUAACGUUACUCAUUAAGCCGGCUAUUUUUAGAUAUUCGUUGCAAAACAAAAUGUUGUUCUAAUGAUACUCACGAAUUUAAUUGCACAUGAUCAAAAGAUGGUUUGAACCUUCAACAUUUGAUUAAUAUUCCUUCUUUUUGACUUUGGCAAAGUUAAUUUGAACACAUUAAUCAUUUACUCUUGUUGAAUUUCGUCCCCCAGUUGUGUGCAGUUAAAUCAAAACAUUUCUACUUCCUGUAGUAGAAUGUAAAAUUUAUGUAAAUAAUGUCAAUACUGUACAUACAAAAUAAGUUUUUAUAUUUAAGUAAGUAAAUGAAAGCUACUUAUUAAUAUGUAUAUGAAUAACCAAAGUUGAUAAUGUUAUCAAUAAAUAAUAAGAGUAAGAAUAAUUUAUAUUUAAUAUCAUUAGCAUAAUAGUGUCAUGAAUAUUACGGAUGUUAUUCAUAAAUAAGCAUUGCAUUCCUUUAGUAAUUAAACCUACCGAUAGUCAAUGUUUAUCAGUGGCUAAAAUAAUCUAAAAAUUAUCCUUUACUGUUAAACAAAUUAUUGUUAAAAGAAAAGAGUAAAAAGUUUUCCUUAAUCAUUUGUUAACAUCACAAUUAAAAAAUAAAAAUAAUUCAUAAAAGGAUGAUCAGACAAAUUGUAACUCCAACUAUUUUUGCACAUUUUAAUUUUUUUGUUUUCAUAAGUGUGGUAAAUGGGAAUUAAGUAUUCCCAGAUGCCCCCACUUGAGAUUUUUCUAUCAAAAUGUUUGGCAGGCCAUUUAAAAUCUUACGAUAGCUUAGUUAUCUACCUACGUUAAAUAAAAAAAUAUGAGAAGACCGAGUUAGACAAGUUAGAUAGGUAACUAAUUAUUUAUCGGAUGGUUUUUAAUCUGGAACACAAAUCUAUUUUACCAAAGCGUAAAAUAUUAAUAUUUUUAAGCUAACAUACAUAGAAGCUAUCAACUAUCAAUCAUAUUUAUAAUGUUUAUUAUUAUUUUAUUAUUACAAAGACUGAUUUGGAAAAAGUCAAUUAGGAUUAAUGUAUCAUAGUAGAAAUUGAUCAAUAACAACGCAAUUCUCAAAAAUGACGGUCUUGUUUACCUACACGCAAAACAAAUUAGUUAUUUCCCUUCGUAAUAAAAAAAUCAAUGAAAAUAAGAACAUUUAUUUGAAAAAAAAAAAAGAUUUUGAUUUUAGGGUCAGUGUUGUUUGAGUAGUUAGUUUUUUAUGAAGGCUACAGCUUGAAUAUUGUGUCUCAUUAUCUGCCACAAUAUUAGCGCUUAAUUUUCAUCAAAUCAAGACUCGGCGUAAUGUAAUUUUGAAUUUGAUAUU